AUGGUAUUCUUGUUCAACUUCAUUCAUCGACAAUUUAUCUCCGAGCCACCUGUGCCGACCGCUUCCUUCAAAGGGAAAACUGUCAUCGUCACUGGUAGCAAUGUGGGUUUGGGAUUGGAAGCCAGUCGGUGGAUGGUUCGUCUAGGAGCAACCCAGGUCAUUCUCGCAUGUCGGAUUAUCGAGAAAGCCAACGCCGCCGCCAAGGACAUACAAGAAAGCACCUCUUGCCCACCGCAAACAUUGCUCGUCUGGAAACUCGACAUGAGCUCCUACGCGUCCGUCCAAGCUUUCGCGGAAAGGGCCAAGAGUGAACUGCCCCGCCUAGACUCCGUCGUCCUCAACGCAGGCCUAGCUACGACCGAGUUCAGGACCACAGAAGACAAUGAAGAGACUAUUACCACGAAUGUUGUAUCGCUGAGUCUUUUGGCCGUCCUUCUGCACCCAAAGCUUAGGGAAACCGCCAAACGGUUCCAUACGCAAACGCAUUUAACGGUCACAGCCUCAGAGCUGUAUGAAGUUGCUAAAUUCAACGAGCGCGAAGCCCCUGCAGGAAAGCUGUUCGCAACUCUGAACGACAAAAGCACUUCCAAUAUGUCAGAUCGGUACAAUGUCUCAAAAUUGCUGGAAAUUCUCGUCAUCAAACAACUUGCAUCUCUCUCGCCCUUGACUUCUAAUAACGUCAUCAUCAACUGCGUAUCACCUGGGUUUUGUCAGAGCGAGCUUCAUCGUGAACGCGACUCUCGUGUCGUCCGCCUCGCCCUCAAAAUGUUGGCUCGCCAGACUGAAGUCGGCUCCCGCACCCUCGUAUACGGCGCGAGCGCUGGACCAGAGACCCACGGCCAGUAUCUGCCGGAUCGUAACAUCACAGUCACCAAAGGGCUUACCGAGGGCUCCGCGGGGGCUGAGUUGCAGAAUCGGGUUUGGGAGGAACUGACGCAGAAAUUGGAAGCUGUUCAGAAGGGCGUCACAUCUUUGUCUUGA